UCCACGCCUUUCAUAGGACCCAAUAAAACAUAACAAAAUCUAUCUCCGAGUUACCGACCUUGGCAACUCGCAAUUGGCGCGUGUUUUACAGUUUCACAGCAGUCCCGUCUUCCUUCAAAACCUUACGAUUCAAAUCCCAAGCUUUUUCCUUGUAACACCUUAAUCAAUGCAACCAAAUUCCAACUUAAUCUGUUUCCUGCUUCUAUUUGUUCUGCUGUGAGAACAAUGGGUAGGAAAAAGCAAGCCAAUCCACGUCGAUCAGGCGCCUUAAUUAUAGACAGCACUGGUAAUGUCGAACCCAAACAAGAUGCAAAAGGGAAGAGGGAACUAGUGGAUAUAGAUAAACCAUUCUUUGUAGAAGUUGAUAGGGGUUCUUGGCUUUCUGAUGAGCAUCUUGACUUAUCUGAAGUUGUUUUGAUUGAUUUGAAUUUGAGAGAAGGGUAUGCUGGUUAUAGAAUCAGUGAGGAGUUUUAUGGGGACUCCAAGUACUCCUUAAGGUUUCGGGUUUGUAAUGUCAGUGAGUUCAUCAGUCGUAUUAAGCUAGGACAUUGGCCUGUAUUAUCUUCUAGUGAUGUAUCUUUGGAAUUUAUAGAAAAAAGCAUGUCUGAUGGUGUGGAAACCGAAUCUUUGAUAUUAUCCGGGAGUUUUGACGGUCCAGAUGAAGGUGUUUCUGCUCUUGUGCACUUGGCAAGUUUGAAAUUUCUCACUUUACGUCCCGUGCUGGAGGUAACAGUUUUGGAGAGCUUGUCGUCUUUUAGAGUGAGGGUGGAGAUACUAAAGAGUGUUUUUGAUGAUUGUGAGUCACUCCUGGAGAAAACGAGGCAACUUUGGAAAAAGAGUAUGGUUAAUGUUAUGGCUUGGCUACGUCCUGAAGUAAUGGCUUCUGAGGCUAAAUAUGGAGUUUGUGAAUCAGUGAACAUGGAAGUUGAUUUGUAUCCAGUGACAGAAGAUGAAACUUCGCGACCUGGGAAACGAGCAAGGUUUGAUGUUGCUGAGUUUUAUGAAGCCAUAAAGCCAUCAAAAGAGAACUCAAUGCUGAAGGAUGACAUUCCUGACUUGCUCCCAGUUUUGAGACCAUAUCAGCGGCGUGCAGCUUACUGGAUGAUACAACGAGAGAAGGGUGAUUCAAGAAGUAUGGAAGAAUGGGAAAGGAGCAUGCUGUCCUCUCCAUUGUGUAUACCUGUGCAUUUUCUUGAUACUUCUUCAAAAAUGUUCUUUAAUCCAUUUGGUGGAAAUGUUUCUCUGCAUCUGGAGCCCAUGUCUCCUUAUGUCUACGGUGGUAUUCUAGCAGAUGAAAUGGGUUUGGGCAAGACUGUUGAACUGCUUGCUUGCAUCUUUGCACACCAGAAGCCAGAUUCUGAAGGUGCUGUAUUUAAGGAUACUGCGAUAAAGGUUACAACUGAUAGGAAAGUUAGUCUCAAAAGAUUGAAAAGGGAGCGUGUUGAGUGCACAUGUGGAGCUGUGAGUGAAAACCGCAAAUAUAAAGGAUUAUGGGUGCAAUGUGACAUGUGUGAUGCUUGGCAACAUUCAGAAUGUGUUGGUUAUUCACCUAGAGGAAAAGCUCGGAAAGUCAGUGAAAAUGCUGAUGAACAAGGACUACAAAAGCUGAAAAGAAGGAAAGAGACAGCCAACAUUGUUGUCAGAGAGGGAGAGCAUAUCUGCAAACCAUGUUUGGAGCUCCUACAAGCUACCAACUCGCCCAUUGCUACAGGUGCAACUCUUAUAGUCUGUCCAGCUCCUAUAUUAUCCCAAUGGCACACUGAGAUCAUUCGUCACACACGUCCAGGUUCAUUAAAAAUUUGCAUCUAUGAAGGAGUAAGAACUCCUUCUCUUUCAAAUGCUUCUAGAGUGGAUAUCAAUGAACUUGUCAGUGCUGACAUUGUAUUAACAACAUACGACGUACUCAAAGAGGACCUCUCUCACGACUCUGACAGGCAUGAAGGUGAUCGACGCUUCUUGAGAUUUCAGAAGAGGUACCCUGUCAUUCCAACUCUUCUCACUAGAAUAUUCUGGUGGAGGGUUUGUCUGGAUGAAGCUCAAAUGGUGGAGAGCAAUACUGCAGCUGCAACAGAAAUGGCCAUGAGAUUAUAUGCUAAGCAUCGCUGGUGUAUUACAGGCACUCCUGUACAACGCAAACUUGAUGACUUAUAUGGACUCCUAAGAUUCCUGAAACUAAGUCCUUUCAAUGUUUCAAGGUGGUGGGUGGAAGUUAUACGAGAUCCAUAUGAGAAAAAAGAUGGAGGGGCUAUGGAAUUCACACAUAAAUUUUUUAGACAAAUCAUGUGGCGUUCUUCAAAACUACAUGUUGCAGAUGAGUUGCAUCUUCCCCCGCAAGAGGAAUCUGUUUCUUGGCUCACUUUCUCACCAAUUGAAGAACAUUUUUAUCAAAGGCAACAUGAAACAUGUGUGAGUUAUGCUAGUGAAGUUCUUGAAAGUUUGAAAGAAGAUUUCAUGAAAAGAGAAAUCCCAGGUGGUUUUUCAUCUGGUGCAACGUUCGAUCCGUUUAUCACUCAUACAGAAGCAGCAAAGCUGCUGAAUGCACUCUUGAAGCUUCGCCAAGCCUGUUGUCACCCUCAAGUAGGAAGUUUUGGGCUGCGUUCUCUGCAGCAGGCUCCAAUGACUAUGGAGGAAAUAUUAAAUGUUCUUAUUAGCAAGACCAAGACAGAAGGAGAGGAAGCGCUCAGGAUGUUAGUUAGUGCUUUAAAUGGGCUUGCAGGAAUAGCUAUAAUAGAAGAGAAACUUUCUCAAGCAGUAUCAUUAUAUAAGGAAGCACUGGAUAUAACUAAAGAGCAUUCUGAAGACUUUCGCCUGGACCCUCUGUUGAGUAUUCACAUUCAUCACAAUCUUGCUCAGAUACUACCUGUGGUUACAACCUUCCCAGUGCAACUUCCGGUAGAGACACAUCAAUUCUCUGGAAACUCUGAGAAAGCUUCCCAUGUCCACAACAUUGAAAUAUCUGAUCAAAGUUCUGUGAAGUGGCAGAAACUUGAGGACCUUGACGAUUCUAAAAUUAAUGCUGGGAACCUACAAGAUAUAGCAUCUGAACAAUCAGAAAAAAGCACAAAUAAUGACCGAGAUUGUAAUGGUCAGUGCCAUAUGUCAUCUGGAGCUUUAAACGAACAAUCUUUGAGAAUAGAAUGCCAAAAUUUAAAACAGAAGUACUUAUCAGCGUUUACUACAAGGUUGUCUGCAGCUCAGCAAGAGUUCAGAAAAUCAUACAUGCAGGUUUCUAAUGCAUUGAGUGACCUUAAUAAUGAAUAUAGAGGUUGGUGGUUGGAAGCCCUUGAUCAUGCUGAGAAAGACAAGGAUCUCUCUAAUGAGUUAAUCAGAAAGAUUGAAGAGGCUAUCUCAGGAUCUCUUAAGAGUUGGCGCACAUCACGAAUGUCUUCCUGGUUUCAGAGUAUUACUGCUCUAAAGUAUCACAUUCAGACCGGUUUAGAUCUAUUGGAAUCCUUUAGGGGAAAAUUGCUUGAUAGACUUUUAGAAAUUGACGAAACAAUGGAAAAGCCAAAAGAGGAGGAUAUUGAGCGUGUGAGAUACUGCCGUAAUUGCCAGGUUAUUGGUGAUGGCCCAAUUUGUGUUCAUUGCGAACUAGAGGAUUUAUUCCAGGAUUAUGAGGCAAGGCUUUUUCGGGUUAACAAAAAUGAUGGAGAGAUGGUUACAUCUGCUGAAGAGGCAAUAGUUUUGCAGAAGAAGAAGUCUGCGCUUAAUCGCUUUUAUUGGAAUUUAUCACAGCCAACCAAAAAUUCAACUUCAUCUGAUGUUGAUAAUAAAGAAUUGAAGAGAGGUGUUCAAGAAACAAUAGUGGUUUCAAAAUCUCCGUCUCAAUUGGAAGUAGCUCUUGGAGUUAUAAAGAGCUAUUGCAAGGCUCAUUUAAGAAAAGAGGGUAUGUUGGCAGCUACAAAGCAGCUACAAUUUCUGGAGAGCAUGAGGAAGGAGUAUCGACAUGCAAGGCUCUUAGCAAUUGCUCAAGCACAAGUUUUGAAUGCACAUGACGAAAUCAAGAUGGCAACGACUCGAUUGCACAUAAGAGAGUUUGAAAAUGACAAAUCUAUUGAUGCUUUAAGUCCGAAUGAAUUGGCUUCAGCUAGUGUGCAAAACACUAGUGACAAGUUCAUGUCCUUGGCUUCAUUAUCAAGCAUCAAAGGGAAACUUCGUUAUCUAAAGGGAUUAGUACUAUCAAAAAAUACGAUGCAAAUGGAGAGUUCUAAUAAUUCCACUUUAACUCAAGAUACGACUACCUUGUCAACCUCUAUAGAGCAGAAAAGUACAUGUCUAUUUAAAGCUGAGGAGGAAGCUUGCCCUAUUUGUCAAGAAAAGCUAAGCACUCAGAAGAUGGUAUUUCAAUGUGGACAUGUUACUUGCUGUAAAUGCUUAUUUUCUAUGACUGAACAAGGAUUACGCCAUGGGAAUAAAUCUCAAAAUAAAUGGGUAAUGUGCCCAACAUGUAGGCAGCACACAGAUGUUGGAAAUAUUGCUUUAGCUGAUGAUAGGCAAACUUCACCAAACUCUGCUAUGCUUCACGCAUUUCAAGGUGGUGAUAGUUGUGAAGAAUUUUGUACUGUUCAAGGUUCCUAUGGAACAAAGAUCGAAGCUGUUACAAGAAGGAUCUUGGGGAUUAAGUCUGCUGACCCAAAAGCUAAAGUUCUGGUUUUCUCAAGCUGGAAUGAUGUUCUUGAUGUGUUAGAACAUGCAUUCACUGCUAAUGACAUUACCUACAUCCGAAUGAAAGGAGGAAGGAAAUCACAUGUUGCCAUCAGUGAAUUUAGGGGCCAACAAGUUGGUGGAAGAGGACACAAGAUGCAGAAGUCAGAACCCAAAUUUAUUCAGGUGUUAUUGCUCUUGGUCCAACAUGGAGCGAAUGGUCUAAAUCUGUUAGAGGCACAGCAUGUUAUUCUUGUCGAACCACUACUAAAUCCUGCAGUAGAAGCACAAGCAAUCAGCAGGGUACAUCGAAUCGGGCAGGAUAAGAGGACACUUUUUCAUCGUUUUAUAGUUAAAAACACCGUCGAAGAGAGCAUAUAUAAACUCAACAGAAGCAGGAACUCAAGUGGCUUUGUUGGGAACACCAAGAAUCAAGACCAGCCUGUUUUGACACUUAAAGAUGUUGAAUCCCUCUUCGCCACAGCACCAUCCAGAGCACAGAAAACCGAUGAAGAUAAGACCGAAAGUGAAAAUCUGAGAUACCUGCCUCCUUCCAUGGCUGCUGCUAUAGCUGCUGAGAGGAGACUCAAGGAAAAUCUAACUGCAUGACAUUCAUGCUGGUUGACGAUACGAAUAAAAAAAUCCAUAGUGCAAUUUGUAGUUAGAACCAGUUUCAGCGGGUAGGUGAACUGGUAGGAAAAAAUUCAUUUGUAGCCUGUCUAACCAAAGGUUUAGUUUUUUCAGAUUGUUAUGUCAUGCUUGAACGUAUUAACAUUUGUUUUUAGGGUUCCAAUGGUAGAGAAUGAACUUAAAGUCUUAAACUCAGCGUAAUUAUGUAUAUAAACUUAAAAAUAAUAAGCUUUGCAAAUGCAUGCAUUUCACCAUGUAUAGAGCUAACGUGUUGAUUCAGUGCGCUGAACUUGAUCGUGUAUAUGUAAUCUUUACUUUCUGUUUGUAUUAUUAGUUAAUUUCCGGUAA